AUAAACGGCAAGUACAUUGUCCAACGAUGGUGGUGGCCCCCAUCAAAAAACAGCACAUGAUACCUGCUGAUAACGUUUGAAUACACGCUCGCUUUGUAAGUAUCAAUAAAACAAUGGGUUUUUAACUGAGAAGCUAGCGAGAGGUAAUCGUUCUCAUUGUAAAACGAUUUGUAUUUACUAUGUAUGAAUCGUUGCAAUUUAAUUAUUUUACACUUAACUGUAUGUUCAUUGUUUUUAAAUUUAACAUUACCACGCCAAAAAAUAUUGCUUGAAUCUAUUUAUUUUUAUAUUUUCAUGUUCAUGGCAGUAGUCCUAUGUCAUUUUCAUGGCAGCAAUCCCAUGUCAUCUUCAUGGUAGUAAUUUUAUAUCAUCUUGAUGACCUUAAUCAUAACAUGUCAUCUUCAUGGUAGUGAUCCUAUUUUAUCUUCAUGACAGUAAUCCUCAUUUAUCUUCAUGACAGUAACCCAAUGUCAUCUUCAUUAAAGUAACCCAAUUUCAUGUUCAUAUAUUAACUUCAUGCAGUAAUCCUAUGUUAUCCUUAUGACAGCAAUACUAUGUUGUUUUUUUCUCUCCCUCGUGUUGAGAAGGUAUUUUUGAUAGUAGUCGAUGGGGACAGUUCUUACGGUAGUGGGGAGAGUAUGUUUUCCUGGAGAUUUCUGCAAACUUUUUUUGAGAUUGAAAUAACAUGAGUGGUUUCCUUAUGUUACCACUUUAUUCACGUCUGACAUUUGGACAUGUUUGAUAUCAUCUUCAUAUUUAAUUAUUUCCAUGCAACCACCAAUGUUUGAUUUUGUCCUUUGCAUGAGUGUUUACUAUCUUCGCUUCAUUUACAUCAAAUCCGAUUCCCUUUAUAAUUUCGAAUAUGCUGCAUUUACCGUCUUCUUUGUGUAUAUAUUAAGGGCCCACGAUCAAUGUAUUGAUCAUUCUGGCUAUUAGAUAUUUUGAUUCUCAAUGUUCCUGUGCGUGGUAUUGAAAAGGAUAUUUCACUAGCUGCAAGGGCAACUCAGCGAUGUAAUCACGAACUGGGGCUUGGAAGGCAUGAGGCAAUAGACGCUAAUGUGGUUGUCGCCUCAACUGUUUCCUAUGGAAGAUUGCUCUACUCCCUGUAUGUCUUGGCAGGAAUGAGAAGUUCAUAUACUGUGUUCUUGCUUUUAAAAGAAGCAAAUUCUAAUCUCUGUCUACUGCAUAUGAGAUAUACUGCAAUGGUUGGCUCUUUUUUGAUCAUAUGGUAGUUGUGCAGUAAGGUUUCUGGUGUUCGAUCUUGUGGUCACUUGUAAACUUAGCGUAAAUCUUUUUUUUUUGUAGUGUUAAUGGGUCUCAUGUUAAGCUUCCAUUUACGUUCUGCUAGUACUUUGACGCAAUGUAAUUGUAAAAUGAAUAAAUCAAAUGUUUUACUCAACUACUUAUUGCUUACGAUCUUUUGAUUACAGAUCCUGCUAGUUACAAUAUAUGAUCACACAAUCAAUGUGGAGUUGGUUUUUUAAACAUGGGUGCUUCUGAAUCAAAACUCAACCUUCUCCUUACUGGCAAAUAUGGAAGUGGAAAGAGCUCUUCAGGAAAUGCCAUCUUAGGUGAACAAGUGUUUGGAUCAUUCAGUGGAACUACAUCCAACACACAGCGUGUGAAAUCUCGCAAUACGUUUCGAUGGGAAAAACAUUUGACACUGGUUGAUACUCCAGGACUUAUGGAGACCUCAAUGGAUGAAGUCGAGCAAUGCUAUUUAGCCAGGGGCAUUAUAGAAAACGCGUUUAAAAUAUCAGAAACAGGAUUCCAUGCUAUUAUAAUUGUAAUGAAUUACAUUGAGAAUUAUUCCCAUGAAGACAAAAAAGUAAUAACCAUGUUAACAGAGAUUUUUGGCGGAACAUUAUUUAAUUUCACAAUUCUUAUAUUUACACAUGGAGAUGAUUUUGAUGCAGAGAAUGGUAUUGAAGAUGAUCCUGAAAAAAGUCAAAAAGUCUUCUUGCACUGGUGCAGCAAUUUAAAGGGUGAGCUUAAAGACUUACUCCAGCAAAGUAAUUUUAGAGCAGUUUUAUUCCAUAAUAGCUCUGAUUACAAGGGAGACAGGGAGGUUGAAUUACAAGCUUUAUUAAAACACGUCGAAGCUAUUAAAAGGUCAAAGAAGGAAUACACAAGAUUGAGUUUUGCUAUCGCACGAAGGACCAGAGAUCAACUAAUUUUGACGACAUGUCUGAAAGAGCUGAAAGCCAAAAUAACAUCAGAAUUACAGUCACUUAAACACGACCUUGAGCUUAUGAAGUCCCAGCAGAAAUUAAUUUCGGAAAGAUCUAAUGAAGUCUUGGAGGCUUUCUCAAGUAACAGUGAACCAACAUUUCCUAAUUCAGGAACAAUUUGUGAUGCAGUCAAAAAAUUUAAAGUCACAUUCAGGGAUGACCUGACCAAUGGCGCCAAGUAUGACAUUUUGACCCAGCUGCAGACCAUCAUCGACUGUCCAGGCCUUCAAAAACUGCAGCUUCUAAGUCAUGACAUUAAAAUACUUCUGAGGCAGGAGCAAGAGAAACUUCAGUUGAGAAGAAGAAUAAAGGAAUUGCUGCUGUACAUCAAGGAGGAAGCCCAUGGCACUGACAAGCUGUUGGAUGUGGAGGAGAGGGUGAAAUUCUUUCUGUCUGAGGUUGUUUCAUUCGACAUUGGCACUACGACAACCACUGAGAUAUACAGCUUUGUGAGUUAAAUAAUUACUCUUAAAGUAGCCGGUUUCAUUUGGGAAGGUGGACCACAAGAAAUAAAAGGGCAUCAAUAGAAAUAAAGGGGCAUCACUAAAGAUGAAGUGGGGCAACCAGAUAUUAAAAUGUUUUAAACAAACAUCAAAGUAAAACAAAUAACAUGUAAACAAAAUUAAAUUAAAUAUAGACACAUAUUUAAAUUUUGACCCUUUUUUUUUUAUCCUUUUCCGCCUGCAGCUAGAUUGAACACGAAACCAGGCUCAGUGGAAAAGCACGACGACAAGGCAAACAUUUCAAAGACAACCGUGUAUAACGAUGAGACGUUGCUUGGGGAAAAAAAAACUGCUAACAGCCUCACGCUUACUUCGUUUCUGGUGACAUAAUUUACUUUUAAAUUCCGUGAUUAUUGUAAUUAAAAUAUAUACAGUGUUGGUCGACGUUACGGACAGGUCAAGGCUACUGUCUCAAGAAUGUUUUCCGCGUAAUGGUAUAGUAGGUUAUAUAUUAGAGUUUAAGGAACAAGGAAAUACGUUGUGUAAACAUUUGACAUGUUGAAAUCUAGACAAGAAGACAUCUAGUCUAAAAGGCAUGUAGACAAGAACACGUCUACAUGAGAAGACUUCUAAACAAGAAGACAUCUAGACAUGAUUGCUUUUGGUUGAUAAUUAAAAACUAAAAUAUAUAUUCGUUCAGACGAUCAAAAAAUAUUUAUCAGGUUCAGCCGGAGUCGUCCAUUAUAAGUAACAGAUAAAGAAAUAAAUACUAUGAUAAUAUAAGGUAUUUUUUUGCUUAUUCAAUGUUAUAUCAUGUCAUAACAAUAUCUUUUGGAAAGAUAAUCUAAUGUAUUUAAAUUUUUCUAUAAUGUUGUAA